UUAUGGAGAUAACAAGAAAGAACUUUGCCGCAGAAUUGGAAAACAUAACCAAUAAUUUGAAACGUUCAUGUUUUGUUGGAUUCGACGCUGAAUUUACCGCUUUACUAUCAGGAGAGUGCUUUAAGUACAGAUUGUUUGACACAAAUGAACAAAGAUACGAUAAAAUCAAAGAUGAAGUUAGCAAAAUGAUUAUCUCACAAGUGGGUCUCACAAUGUUCCAGUAUGACAGAAACAAGAAUGAUUAUAAUGCUGUGGGAUAUACAUUUCACUUGUGCCCGCAAGUGUUGGGAGAUAUUGACCAAUCCUUCAUAUUUCAAGCAUCUACACUCAAGUUUUUGUGUAAACAUAAUUUUAAUUUUAAUAAGUUCAUUUAUGAAGGUAUUCCAUAUUUAUCAAAAGUUGAAGAAGAUGAAAUAGUUCAACAAAUAAAAAAUAAUAAUCUUACUAGCUAUCUAACUAGUGCAUUAGAAAUUGAAGAAGAAAAAGAAUUACAAUAUUAUAGCAAUAAAGUCAGUGAGUGGCUCCAUAGCAGUGAAGAUGGAACAAUGUAUAUAGAUGUACAGAAUCCAAUACAAAGAUACCUCAUACAUACCGAGCUCCGGCAAAGGUUCCCCAACAUUCUUACAACUGAUAGCUUAGGUAAUAGCAAUAAGAUUCUAAUAUAUCGAGAUAAGAGUAUAGAAGGUGCUAACAAUGCAAAAAUGGAGAUAUUAGAGAAAAACUUAAUAGACAAAUUGUUAGGAUUUUCAAACAUAAUACAGUUAUUAGUUCAAUACAAGAAACCAAUAAUUGGUCACAAUAUAUUUAUGGAUUUAUUACUUUUGCACAAUCAAUUUAUAGGUCCAUUGCCUAAAAAGUAUUCUAUAUUUAAGAUGAAUAUAAACAAUUUGUUCCCAAUUGUUUAUGAUACUAAAUACAUUUCACAUGAAAUGGGAAAGAAGUUAACACUGGAUGAAGUAUGGCAGUCAAAUAUACUACAAGAUUUAUAUGAAUUUUUCGCUAAAGGCAAAUACAAGAAGCUACAAAAUGGAAUAAACUUUAUAACGUUAAUUCCACCUUUUAAUGAGAAGCAAUCAUACCAUGAGGCUGGCUGGGACUCUUACUGUUCAGGGUUCUGCUUCAUCCGGUUGGGACAGUGGGCGGCGUGCGAUAACAUGGGUGUGUACCGGCCGGUGGGGCCUCGGGAGAAAAUGGCCGCCCUCGCCCCUUAUUGUAACAAAGUCAAUGUCAUACGAGGCGCAACGCCCUACAUGUGCCUCGAUGAAAACGAUCCGCCCACACACCGUCCCAAUUUGUUGCACAUCAAAUCUCUAAAGGAGCGAAUUAUGAACAUAGAUAAGGUGGCGUGCGCGGUGGCGGGGUGCGGGGCGGCGGACGUGCGCGCGCUGGGCCGCCGCACCGCGCUCGUCGCCGCUGGCACGCACUUCACGGCUGAUAAAAUUCUAAAGAAGUUCAAAGACAGCCGGGAAUAUAGAGUGUCAACAUACAAACCGUACGGACAGUCCGCGGCGCGUCGCCUCGCGAUCUGGAGCGGGGCUUUGAUCACUGGAAGCUUGUUGUUAAUGCUGCUACAUAAGAGAGUCAAGUCGUAAACAUUUUCCUAUCACUCUAUUUGUAUUUAUUGAUAAGUAA